CCACUCGAAAUUGGAGCCAAUAUCUGUUCCAGCCAAUGCCAUCUCUUCCUUCCAUAUCUCUUACCAUUAAAUAAACUAUUAUUACACUCCCUUUGAAAUCAACGUUCUUUGUUCUUGUUCAGCUCAACCAACAACACCAGAUUAAGUACACAUAAGAACAUUUUCAUUGAGAGCCUAGUAUAUAAAAGAGCUGAGGAAUUUGUGUGAUAUAUUUAUGAUUCUACAAUUUUGUUGAAUUGUGUGAUGGUAAUAUUGAGUGCAAGAGCAGAAGCCAUAUGAUGACCACGGCUGCUGUUAUUGGACUUAGUACUGGAAAGAGUCUCUUGAGUUCCUCCUUUUAUUAUUCUGAUCUAACAGAGAAGUUUUCUCACAUCAAUGAUCACGGAUCACCACAUUAUCUAGUUGGUCCAACAAAAAAUGCGGUUGCCGCCAAAAAGUCUUCCAAUUAUAGUCCAAGUUUUCCAUCUUCCAAUCGACAUACUCAGUCCAUUAAGGCUGUGAAAGAACACGUAGAUGCUAACUGUGCUUCAACUGCGGAGGCGUGGCUUCAGAGGUCUGAUGACUUAGAAGAGGAAAGCUCCGAGUUUGACUAUUCAGUGGAGGCACUUCUGUUGCUGCAAAAGUCUAUGCUUGAAAAGCAAUGGAAUCUUUCUUUUGAGAGGACAGUGUUAACUGAUUCAUCAAGUAAAAAGACUUACAAGAAGAUACCUGUCACAUGUUCUGGAUUAUCAGCUAGGCAAAGGAGAAUGAAUUCAAAGAAGAAAAUAUUGUGCCAGAGUAAGUCAAUGAUACAACAAAAUGGCCCUAAUCAGCUAAGGUCUGUGAUUAGUCCAGAGUUGCUUCAGAGUCGUUUAAAAGGUUAUGUAAAGGGUGUGGUGAGUGAGGAGCUACUCACCCAUGCAGAAGUUGUGCGUUUGUCAAAGAAAAUCAAAACUGGCCUUUCCUUAGAGGAGCGCAAAUUGAGAUUGAAGGAGAGGUUGGGAUGUCAGCCCUCAGAUGCACAACUUGCAGCUUCCUUGAGGAUUUCUCGCACUGAGUUACAGUCAACAUUGAUUGAGUGUUCACUGGCAAGAGAGAAGCUGGUGAUGAGCAAUGUUCGUUUGGUCAUGUCUAUAGCUCAACGAUAUGAUAACAUGGGUGCUGACAUGUCAGACCUUGUGCAGGGUGGGUUGAUUGGAUUAUUACGUGGGAUUGAGAAAUUUGAUUCUUCAAAGGGUUUCAAAAUAUCAACUUAUGUGUAUUGGUGGAUACGCCAGGGGGUUUCUAGAGCAUUAGUUGAGAAUUCCAGAACCUUAAGAUUGCCUAAUCAUCUGCAUGAAAGGUUAGGUUUAAUCCGGAAUGCAAAGGUUAGACUGGAAGAGAAAGGAGUAACACCAUCAAUUGAUAGAAUUGCAGAAUACCUAAACAUGUCUCAAAAGAAAGUGAGAAAUGCUACCGAGGCAACCAGUAAGGUUUUCUCACUCGACAGGGAGGCAUUCCCCUCGUUAAAUGGCCUUCCCGGCGAAACCCAUCAUAGUUACAUUGCAGAUAAUCGUGUGGAGAACAAUCCAUGGCAUGGAGUAGAUGAGUGGGCUCUCAAGGAUGAAGUAAACAGGCUCAUUACAGUGACACUUGGAGAACGUGAAAGGGAAAUCAUACGUCUUUACUACGGUCUUGAUAAGGAAUGUCUUACAUGGGAGGAUAUAAGUAAACGAAUAGGUUUGUCGAGAGAAAGAGUUAGGCAAGUUGGACUUGUGGCUCUAGAGAAACUAAAACACGCAGCGAGAAAGAAAAAGAUGGAGGCCAUGCUUGUGAAACAUUAGUUUAGUAAGUUUCAUUAUAGACAUGGUUUGAUGAGUAAAUUAUUGUAUAUACAUGUAUACAGAAAGGAAAGCUGUAUCUUGAUUUAUUUUUUGAAUCAGGCAUAACAAUAGAAAAUUUAAUUAAGGAGCUACCUCCAUAAACUUUCUGUAACAUUAUUAAACACAGAUUAAGAGAUAUUUGUAAGUUACGAAAAAUUUUCAUGUAUUGAAUAUCUAGAAGAGAUAGUCUCUGCUCUCUGGAUUACUUUCUGGGUUUAUAUAUAAGCCAAGAUAAUACAUUCAGUAAUUCCAGUUUCA